CAGACAGUCUGAAGGUAUGUGAGACAGAGACGGAGGUAACAGCUCUCAGCUGACUUGCAGUGUAUAGUUUCAGCUCUCGGUGCAGACAGGGAGUAGGAGGAGAGUCUGCAGUCUGGAGUUUAAUAUGCCACCUCACAUGGAUUACUUCUACCACGAAUCCCGAGUGCCUUCGGCCUGCGGCUUGACCCGGGAGGACGAGCUGGAGCCCGGGGUCAUCAGCUGUAUGCUGGUCGGAGACGGAGCCGUCGGGAAGACGAGCAUGGUCGUCAGCUACACCUCCAACGGUUACCCCUCAGAGUACAAGCAGACAGGCUUCGAUGUCUUCUCCGGUCAGGUCCAAGUCGAAGGAUCUCCGGUCAAAGUUCAGCUCCUGGACACUGCUGGACAGGAGGAGUUUGAUGAGUUCAGAGCUCUCUCCUAUGCCCAUGCAGAUGUCUUCCUCCUGUGCUUCAGCAUGGUCAACCCCACCUCUUUUCACAACAUCACCAAGAAGUGGGUCCCAGAGAUCCGCGCCUACAACCCGUCCUCACCCAUCAUCCUCGUUGGGACACAGUCGGACCUUUUACUUGAUGUGAAUGUUCUCAUUAACCUGGACCAAUCGAAUGUCAAGCCCAUUCUGAACUCGCGGGCCCGAAGCAUGGCAGAGAAGAUCAGGGCUGCAGACUACAUCGAGUGCUCCUCACUCACCCAAAAGAACUUAAAGGAGGCGUUUGAUGCGGCCAUCUUUGCCGCCAUCAAAAGCAAAACUCGCAAGACAAAGAAGAGGAGGUUCUCUGACAGGCGCACCAAAGCGUUUUCUAGGUGCAGCUGGAAGAAGUUCUUCUGCUUCAUCUGAACUAUGUUGACCGUUAACCCUAUGGGUUGUGGGCAAAAUUAACUUAUUUAAGUUCUUUACUUUCACUUGAUGCUACAGGUUCUAUUUGUGGUUAGUUUAGCAUCUUUCUCUGUGCAGUGUUUGGCUUUUUAUUCGAUUUGUGGGAUGCCAAAUGGUGCAGAUACAAGGGAUGGUUCACAGUCAGCAGCAUAGACACAAAUAUCAGUGGGGACAGCAGAGGAUUCUGGGUCAUUCUUAUCCAGGAUCUCAGUUCGUGAUCCGUCAGGUGGACUUAAGGAAAGCAGCUUUGUUUACAAUAUAUUUAAAGGCAGAAUAUACGUCAUCUAUGUGUAUAAUAAAAUAUUGUCUGAUGAUUUAAUUUGUAUGUAUCAUUGUUGACACAUGUAAAAGAAAAAGGGCAGUGAAGUGAGACUUGAAAGGAAGUGAAAAAAAAUCAGAUUUACUCGAUGAGACGCAGAGAGAGAGAGAAAAGCCAGGCUCUCAUGUAAAUGCUUUGGAUUUGCAUGUCAAGCUUUGCCACCAACUGCAGCCUUUUACUGUAAGUUGGAGAGAAACAGAAAGAGUAAGGGCCAUAUUUGAGCAGAUGGGCGUUAGCUGCCGCUCUGUUGUAUUCUUGCUGUCUGGUUGCACCAGCUUUUCUUUUUUUAUAUAUGCAGCAGCUGCAAGUUCAGGUUGCAGAGCAUGGUGCCGCGUUCUGACCUGUGUGUGACAGCUCUCUCCUGGCUGGUUAUUUUCUGGCUGUAACGCCAAUGCGAUCACCAAGACCUGCAUCUCUAAUGGAAUUUUAUCAAACCGAUGUCGCGAUUAAGGAAAUAGAAGCCGAGUGGGAGGAUUUUGUUUGUGACAAAUGUGUUUCCUUUAAAUCUUCUGCUGAGCACAGGAACUCGUUUUAAAAUCCCUCUGUCUGAUGUGAAAGCUUGCAUGGCAGCAGUAACCCAUGCCUUUUUGUUCUCGUAACUCUUCAUCUGCAUCUGUAAAAGCAAGCACUGCAGGAGUCUUGACUUCCACCCUGUAGAUCCUCCCACUUCCAUCAGCCUGGCUCUUUUAUAUAUGCCCCUCUUUGUUUACAUGUUCAAUACACUCCUUAUCUCCUGAAAAGCCCAGUGUGUGCAGAGGUAGGUGAUGCUCAACAGCCUCCGGGUGAAUGUCAGUGUAUGCUGUGCACUUUUAAAAAACAAACUCUUUUUUACCUGUGACAAUUACAACUAUCAUACAUACAAUGAUAUGUGGUUGAUAUACAAGUAUAUAUACGGUAUGUUGCUGGACUUUACUAUGCUUCUUGUGGAAGUCAUUUUAAUGUAUAUUCUAUUCUGUUUGUUAAAACAGUUUAUUUGUCAUGUUUCUGAUUAGACAAAACAUGGAUUUAAAUUGCAUCUGUUUACACCACUAAUGCCUUAUAGCGUCUCCCUCUCUCUAACCUGUGUGUUCUUUUACGUGUCGGAGUGAUGUGAUGCAAAUAAAUGAAAUGCAAAUGAUA